CGCCAUUUCGUGAGAAGCUUGGUAAAAUUACACUUAAGCGCCGGAUUGCUGUGAAAAUUUAUGCCGAAUGACAAGUUUUUAAAUACCGCUCUGGAGAUUUUUGGAGUCGACUUGCGAACAGCAUCUUCUCAAGUUCUCAGUUGUCUUUGCGAUGUGAAACGACACUUGUCGUAAUCUCAGUUUAUAAGAAAGGCGCAAAUGUGAUUCUUGCUAUAACUCGACAAUAUUCGGCCGCCGGGUAACAAUAAAAAUAUUCACGCGCAAAAGUUCGCUACGCCAAUAAAAAACGGAUUUGAUUAUUACUUGUGAAUUAAUUAAUUAAUGCAAAUUAUAAACUCGUUGUGUGUUCAUUUGACGUCGAAACAUUAAUAUUUGCUCAGCUAAACGCAUUCCAUUUGCAACAAAAACAACACUGAAUUCAGAGUGAAGUUAUCUGUGAAAUAAAAUCGAAAAUAAUAAAGUCAUUUCUAUUUUGAGUACAUUGACUUUUUGUGUGCAUUUCGAAUUGAUUAAACGCGUAGUUAGUCAGAAAUUUUAUAAAACUUAAACGAAAACCAUAAGAAGUGUUUGCUGAAGUACAAAAACUAUAGUCAAAUGAAAAUAAAUACACAGAAGUCUGUAUAAUAUCAACUCGCCCUACCGAAAAUUCAUAAAAAGAACAAAAUAACAACAAAGGCGAGAUUUAUAUUUGAGUUAGCAGAGACUAGCACCAGUCCAGUAUGUUAAAACCGGUGUUAAUUAGCGUCUUCUGCUUUGCUGCUUUUUUGUGUGGUUUAUCCUCGGCACAGUACAACCACCCCAAUGAAACGAUGGGGAAGCCCACUUUCGGACGAUGCAUCACGCCAAAUGGGCGACCCGGUUCUUGUGUAAUAUUGCAACAUUGCAAAAAACUAUACUCUUUGCUUCUAAAUCAGCCGUUACAUGAUGUAAAUAGACUGUACUUGAGUCAAAGCCAAUGUGGUUAUCUUAAUCGAAAAGUGUUGAUUUGUUGCCCCGAUCAAAAUAGCACGCCGCUUAUACUGACACAAGCUACUGUAAAACCUAUCAAAUUGGAGCAAGGCUUCAAGAAAGCUGUGCUCUUGGACAAGAUUCCGAUGGAGUCCACAAAAACAAGGAAACUACCACGUCCCAGCAAAUGCGGACAGAUGACGUCAAGCCGAAUUUAUGGUGGCAAUGCCACAAAAAUCGAUGAAUAUCCUUGGAUGGCACUCAUAGAAUACACAAAACCAUUCGGUCGUAUUGGCCAUCACUGUGGCGGCUCCCUCAUCAACUCCCACUACAUUGUCACCGCCUCGCAUUGUGUUAAUGGCAAAGCUUUGCCCAAGGAUUGGUUGAUUUCCGCCGUACGCUUGGGUGAAUGGGACACGAAAACAAAUCCGGAUUGCGAAGUCGAUGUGCGUGGCGAGAAGGACUGUGCGCCACCGCACAUUGACGUGCCCGUGGAAAGUGCCAUACCACAUCCCCGUUAUGAUCCGAAUUCGUUAAAUCAAAUUAACGACAUCGCGCUCUUGCGUUUAAAGAAUGCAGUUACAUUCACCGAUUUCAUACGACCAAUUUGCCUGCCAUUGAAUGAUAAUUUACGCACCGCCACCUUUGAUGACAUCAUCAUGGAUGUGGCCGGUUGGGGAAAAACCGAAUCAAAAUCGAGCAGUAAUGUUAAACUGAAAGCCGAACUCGUUGGAGUGCCGCUGGAAAAAUGUCGUCAAGUUUAUUCACCACAAAGUAUUUUACUAGAGGCCACACAAAUGUGUGCUGGCGGCAAGAAAGGUGUAGAUUCUUGUCGCGGUGAUUCCGGUGGCCCACUCAUCGGUUUGGGCACGACAGGCAGAGGACGUACAUAUUACUUUUUGAUUGGCAUUGUUUCUUUUGGACCGUCAUCAUGCGGACUAGAAGGUUGGCCAGGUGUUUAUACCCGCGUAGGACACUUUGUCGACUGGAUACAAGCAACAGUUGAGUCUUAAGUUCAUACAAAAGAAUUUACAUACAAAAAGAUUAUGUUUGCCGUUGAAAGCAAGAUUACCAUUCUUUGUGUAACUACGCGGCGUGUGUUAGUGCACAUAUACACACAUACAUAUAUAGAUAUUUAAAUAAUGCACGUAGGUGUGCAUUAAUUUCCUAGUCUGGCUAGCUUAGGUCACUAUCUCUUUUCAGUUUAAGAAAAGUACCUGGGGUUUGUGCCGUUUCUUUUAUCAUUUAGCCUAAUGAUUUGUGCGCAAUUUAGUGUUUAGUUUGAAAAGGUGUGAAGUAAUGUCAAAUUUGUUGUUGGUAAAGAGAAAAGGUAUGCAAUAUGCAAAUGAUAUUAGGGGUGUACAAAAUCAAUAGCAGAUAAUUGCAUCGAAUAUGAGGCAAGGAUUUGGAGAGUAAUGACUUAGUUCAUAUUUACCGUUGGCUUUUUAAAGAAAACUAAAAUUAUUAUUUCUUGACUCUAGUAGUCGUCAAAUACUUUUUUGUGCCAACUUGUUGGUAUGGAAUUGUACAUCCAUGAAAAAAUUUAUAAUUAAUAAGAAAUUCUCAUGAUUUAGUGACCUUUUUAAAAUCUUUACUGUACCGCUACUUAAUAAAAAAACUAAAUUAUUUUAAUUAUUUAUAUGUUUAAUACCAAAAUAUUCACAAUUUUGUAAAUAAAAGUUCAAAUAUUGCGCUUAUUGAUAAAUAUACUUAUGCUCCAAGAUGCAUUUAAAUAUAGACAUGCAUGUUAAUCAAAAAUAUUUUUAAAU